GAAACAAAUCAUUUAUGUUUCUUGCUCUCCUCAAACCAUCAAGUCAUUUUUGACUUGACCUCUGAUCACAUCACUCAGACGCUGCACGACAUCAAGUCGCGUCUAGUUUCAUAGCGGGAAAUCGAUCAUGUCCUCCUCUUGUGACGCUCUCCUCACAGCACUCAAGGAAUGUCUUCUCAAUUCCGACUGUGUCCAAAAGCAAGGACAUCUCCCCUCGGAGUGUCUCAAGCAGCACAGUAAUGAGUUGCCGGAGCAAUGUCAGCUACUUAGGAAGGCCACUUUCGAGUGCAAACGCAAUAUGCUGGAUAUGAGGACGCGGUUUCGAGGUAACACGGUGGGAAUGGAUGCUGAGAAGCUGAGACAGCAGAAGAGUCCCGCACCUCCUGCAGAAUCCUGACGUGACGGAUGGCUUUGCUGUAGCUUUUGACCACUACCAAGUUCUAUAACGAUGGCGAUACCCGCGACUCAUUGUUUUCCCUUAGAAUUCCAGUCCUAGUGCGUAUCCUCUUCCAUGUCAUAAUAUCCCCCUCAAAGAAUUAUGUUUCCAGUUUCUCUGCUGGUAUCCAAUAGG